GGGAAGUAAGGAAGAUGUGUAUUUUGUAGCAACUUUACGGAGUCGGUUACAACUUACCACUUUACCUCAGUAUUUCAUGUGUUACAUAUUUUGCCGAUGGCUCAUGUGUGGCAUUUCUCCUGAACGACUGAAGCGGAAUAAUUUCGUACAUUAUAUCUUAUUCCUUCAAAGUGUAAUCGCCAAGUCGAAGAGGAUUCCUCUACACUGACCAGUAGGUAAUUUACAGAAUGACUUCCAAAGGUUUGAAGAGGAAGUUCCCGGUGGAACCAGAGGAAAUAGGGCCAGCUUGGGAGCACCAGCGGCAAUCUGUGCUGGACAUCUCCAUUGAGAAGUUCCAGCGGGACCUCAAUCUGGUCGAGCCCAGCCUGCGUCGCUCCGUGCUCAUAGCCAACACCCUGCGUCAGAUUCAGUUCGAGGAGCCGAUGCCGAGUCCGAAUGACGCCAUGGUACCUCCCGUCGAACCGGUUAAGACCUCGCCUGCUCCCAUCCAGCACUCACUUUUGCAAAACAACUUCAGCUUCAGCCAUCAGGGACCCGUCCAGUCCUUUCCCGCGGUAGGCUACUGCCCAAUGUUGACUGAAAACCACGGAGAUGAGUGGAUGUCCACGUCUCCUGAGGAAGAAUUCUCCCUGUCCACAGCCAUCUCCUCCAUCCUGAAGGAGCUGGAUGGAGAUGGCUGCCAAGACAGCAGCCAGCCCUGUCCGUCUCCUCCUCAGAGGAUGCCCCUGGGGUCUAUCGAAAACCUCCCAGGAGGUUUGAACGCAGGGCCCAGGCACAGGCCAGGGUUGGCGGGGCAGAGAGCAGAGGAAUGUGGCAGACGUUUUGAGGGGAGUUCCCAGGGUGGUAGUAUGUCUGUCACACGCUCAACUUACCUGCAUGAUGUUGCCCUCGACAGCCUCUUCUUGGAUGUGGAUAUGUCCGUGUUUGACAGAGAGGUGAGUUCGCUCGGGGCGCGAGCCUUCUCCACGAUCGCCAACGAGGAGCUGGUGAAAUACCUGCCUUCUCUCACGGGGUCCAACUCCUCUGCGCUCCCCAGUCAGGGCGUGAAAGACUUACACGAACUUGAGCACAUCAUGGAGAUACUAGUCGAGUCCUGAGACACGUUGUGACAGGGGAUAUGUGUCAGGUAUUAUAGAGCCAUAGAUCAACACCUCAUUGACCACGUCUACACGUUUAUUUCUCUUUACAGUACACUAAGGGAACACUAAGGACCUAAUGCACUAUGGUUGAGUGCAGAGGAAAGGAAUUGAAAUACUGCUAUGUGUUCUGUGAAUGACCAUUUAGAUUUCUACUCCGAAGUUAGAAGUAUAUAAUGACAUCUUAUGAAGCCUUACUGUAUGAAAAUAUUUUUGAAAGGUUACAGCAAGCAAAAUAUGUUUUUUUUAUUAUUAUUGUUUUUAUUUUUUACCCCGGUUAUGAACCCAUUAUGAACUGAAGCCAGAAAUAACACCUUGAGUCGGUUUCCCCUACAUGGAUUAAGCCUAGAUGUAGACUAACUGAAAACGUCCAUGACAUUUUCCAUUGGGGAGAGGGGAAAAAAACGUUUAGUUUAGGACUUGACUUGAUCCAUGUGGAGAAAAACUUGCUGCCGGCGUUUAGUUGGAAGAGUUAAGACAAAGGGCUCAUAAAUUAAGAGGUCAUUUGUAUACACGGAGGAGCAUAAAACACAAGUGUGUGUUUGCAGCCUCAGGAUCUCGGUGAUGGUGCUGCAUACAGAGAACAACAGAGGAGAAGGAGAAAUGCUUAAAGCUCUAGUAAGCUUUAGUCAACAUGGAUUUGUCAGCAUCAGCAAACUCUAACAAACCUUUUAUUUUAGUCUACUUGAAUGACACUGGUGUGUAUGAAUACAGCCGUUGGACGGCAGAGUUACUGACAUGGUGAAAUACAAUGCAAUGUAGAGUGUCCCAGUUUUAAAUGCCAAGUUUAAGAAGGAAGAUGGACCUUAAAAUUGACAUAUUUUGUUUUUCUAUUUUAGAAAUGUGAAAUAACAUAGCCAUUCAUUUGGCCACCUUCAGUGAAAGUUGUGCUGUGAAUUUACCACCACUAGUCUUGUGUUAACCCUACCUCACAAAUGGUGACGUCACAAAUAGUGCACGCCUUCUGGUCAUCCUAUUUCUGGUGUUUUAAAAACCUUUGGUCACAACUGAAAUAACUCUAACACCUCUGUUGAAGGGGUUAGGGGGUAGGAAUCUAGGUUGUAUGAGUCAAAAGCAAUGAUAUUGUUGAGCUGUGCAGAAUUGUUAAAAUCUUUAUAUUCUUUUGUUCUUAACUUAAAUGUUUGGUAUUUGAAUCUUGGAGAGAUUAAAUACAAUAUACACUUGUUGUAGUAAAGGCCUUGUAUACAUAUUAGUCUCUUUUACCUGUUAGCAUUUCAGAUGGAACUAUUAGAAUUGUUUACAUCAGGCAAAAAAUACUCUUUAUUUGCUUAUGUUGAAGCAUUUUUUUCCUUCAAAAGAGUCAUCUAUUUGAUUUUACUAUUUAAAGUGAAUUUUGCCUUAUCCAUAUAUUUUGAUAUUUGUUUGUGCUUUACGUUAUUGUAUUUUGUUAUACUUACUUAUUCCGUGUUGGCCUAUUAAUAAUGUACCUGUUUAUUUUUGAGUUUGGCUGUGAGGUUUUGCAAAUGCACUUUGCUCUGUGAUGUGACAAGAUUGGGGCUAUUUUAGAUUUUUUAAAAAAGGAAGAAAAAGAUGACCAUUUUGUCCUUUUAAAAUGGUUAUGAAUUGAUGGUUAAUUGAAAUGGGCUAUAAUUACUUCAAUAUGUACUUGAAUUUAUAGUCUUAAUUACUGAAAAUUGUCACGGAAAGGAAAUUAUACUAUUUAUUUUUUUAUAUUCAAGGUUAAAUUGGUUUACUGCGCAAGUAAAUCGUAAACUGUAAUCUGACGAGUCGAGUCGCAUCUGUAAUACACGAUCACCCUGCCGCUCAAAGAAGAAUUACAAAGUGGAAUAAAGUAAGCGAAUGUGAAUAUCCUACAGGAGUGUGGCCUAGAAGUUACACUGCGUUUCUUGGCUGCUUACAGAUGGGCACUUGUAUGCUCGUAGCUGCCUUUGAGGGCUUACCCAAGCCGUCUUACUGAAUUAUGUCUAUGCAAUCAGUAGUGUUCUGUUUGUAACAUGUUCAUAAUAAAGUUUAUA